UCGAGAUAGAAGCUGGAAUAUCGAUUUGUUCCAACACUACCCAUAACGUCAGCCGAUAAGCUUAAUAAUCAAUUGCACGCACUUCAAUAUAAAUACAAUCCACAAGAUAAACAAGUCAUGCAUCGCGGACUUGUACCUUCCAGAUCGAACGUAUCACCCCCGCAAUGGCAAUCCCCCUCCCACCGCCGGAGAAGCUCAUUUUCGUCCAUCGGGAACCGGGCGGCAUCGCCUACGUUGUCAUCAACCGGCCGAAAUCCCUCAACUCCCUGACCCGGGCCAUGAUGGUCGACCUAGCCGCGUCGAUCAAGCAACUGGCGUCGGACGAUUCGGUCCGGGUCAUCAUAGUCACCGGUUCGGGCCGGGCCUUCUGCUCCGGCGUUGAUCUGACGGCGGCGGAGGACGUGUUCAAAGGAGACGUCAAGGAUGUGGACACCGACCCCGUCGCCCAAAUGGAGCUCUGUAGGAAGCCGAUUAUCGGAGCCAUCAACGGGUUUGCGGUGACAGCAGGAUUCGAGAUCUCGUUGGCCUGCGAUCUGCUGGUGGCUUCGAAAGAGGCUAAGUUCAUGGACACUCAUGCCAGAUUUGGGAUAUUUCCUUCUUGGGGAUUGUCCCAGAAACUUUCACGCAUAAUAGGGCCCAGUCGAGCUCGUGAGGCCUCCUUGGCUGCCACGCCUAUAACUGCCGAACAAGCUGAAAAGUGGGGUUUGGUCAAUCAUGUUGUCGAGGGAAAUGAGCUUUUGCAGAAAGCUCGGCAAAUUGCGGAGGCCAUGAUCAAGAAUAAUCAGGACUUGGUGCUGAGAUACAAAGCAGUUAUAAAUGAUGGAUUUAAACAAGAAUUGGGUCGUGCACUUGCUUUGGAGAAGAAACUUGCACCUUUUUGUGCUGGUUUCGAUGAAAUACUUGAAAGGGCUCACGAGUAUUAUGAUGGUAUGACUAAAGAGCAGUUUAAAAAAAUGCAGGAGUUUAUAGCUGGCCGGGGCUCUAAGAAAACACCGUCAAAACUAUAAAUUUUCAUUCUCAUGUUCUUUUUGGUUUCUUUUUUCAUCUAAAUAAAUUUGGUGGAUAAGUUAUCAUCUGGAAAGUAGGCAAUAAACAAGUUUCCUGUUGUAUUUCUGUAGACUAUGUGCAUCUUACUUGUAUCAUUCUCGAGUAUUAGUCAUGAAUGUGACUGUCAUGAUUCGUUUCCCUGGUUGUCUUAUGUCUUCAUGCCAACUCAAAUUAUGAAAUAUGUACAAAGAUAAGCAGUUUGGUGGCAACUGUUAAAGAGUAGCUGAACACUGGGCAUAUCCUCUCAAAAUCGAAAGAGUUCACAAUACUAACCGAUAUUUUACUGUAAGUUGCAG